CCAGUGUCCCCACCCCAUGUGUCUGUCCAUCCUGCCAGCACCCUGGGCCCUCCAUCCCCACAGCCAGGUCACAGAGAGGACGCCAUGACCCCCAGCCUCACGGCCCUGCUCUGCCUGGGGCUGAGUGUGGGCCCCGGGACCCCAGAGCAGGCAGGGGCCCUGCCCAAACCCACCCUCUGGGCUGAGCCAGGCUCUGUGAUCCCCUGGGGGGACCCUGUGACCAUCUGGUGUCAGGGGGCCCCGGGAGCCCAGAAGUUCCAUGUGUAUAAAGAGGGAAGCUCAGGAUCAUUGGAAGGAUGGACCACACUGGAGCCGGGGGACAAGGCCCAGUUCCGUAUCCCACAACUGACAGUGGACUAUGCAGGGAGAUAUCAUUGUCUCUAUCACAGUCCCGCUGGCUGGUCAGAGCACAGUGACCCCCUGGAGGUGGUGGUGACAGGAUCUUACCCCAUACCCAGCCUCUCAGCCCUGCCAAGCCCUGUGGUGACGUCAGGAGGGAACGUGACCCUCCAGUGUGGCUCAGGGCAGGGAUUCGACAGGUUCCGUCUGACUAAGGAAGGAGAACACAAUUCCUCCUGGACCCCGAACUCACAGCAGCUCUCCAAUGGGCAGUUUCAGGCCCUGUUCCCUGUGGGCCCCGUGACCCCCAGUCACAGGUGGCUGCUCAGGUGCUAUGGUUACUACAGGAGCACCCCCCAGGUGUGGUCACUCCCCAGUGAGCCCCUGGAGCUCCUGGUGUCAGGUGGGUCUAGGAAGCCCUCCCUCCUGUCCCCGCAGGGCCCUGUCGUGGCCUAUGGACAGACCCUGACCCUCCAGUGUGGCUCUGAAGUUGGCUACGACAGAUUCGCUCUGGCCCAGGAGGGGGCCAGUGGCUUCCAGCAAAGCCCUGGCCGGGGGUCCCCAGCUGGGCUGUCUCAGGCCCACUUCCCCCUGGGCCCGGUGAGCCGCCUCCACGGGGGCCGGUACAGAUGCUACGGGGGACACAGCCUCUCCGCCCAGUGGUCGGCCCCCAGCGACCCCCUGGACAUCCUGGUGGCAGGAUGGCUCCCUGACACCCCCUCCCUGUCCGUGAGCCCGGGCCCCAACGUGACCCGCGGAGAGAACGUGACCCUGCUGUGUCAGUCCUGGGGCCCGAGGGACACUUUCCUGCUGUCCAAGGAGGGGGCCACCGAGCCCUCCCUGCGUCUGACCGCAGAGCGCACAGCUCAGAAGCUCCAGGCGGGAUUCUCCCUGGGUCCUGCCACCUCAGUCCUCGGGGGCACCUACAGGUGCUACAGCUUCGACAGCAGCAAACCCUACCUGCUGUCACACCCCAGUGAGCCCCUGGAGCUCCUGGUCUCAGGUGCCCAGGGUCUGGAUUGGUACCUGUGGGUUGUGAUCGGGGCCUCGGUGGCCUUUGUCCUGCUGCUCGCCCUCCUCCUCCUGCUGCUGCUUCUCCGACGACCAUGUCAGGGCAAACGCAGGAAGUCGGCAGAUGCUGCCCAGACAGACACACAGCCUGAGGAAGGGGGGCAGCUGGACCCUCAGAACCCGCAAGAUGGAGAGACCCAGGGAGUGAGGCCCACCCAGGUGAACAACUGCAGGGCAACACUCAAGGGGGGAGUGGCCACGUCUCCUUCCCCCCUAUCCAGGGAAUUGCUGGACAUGAAGGAAAGACAAGCAGAUAACAGACCGGUGGACAGCCAGGCUGCAGCAUCUGAGGAGGUGACCUAUGCCCAGCUGAACCGCUUGACCCUCACGCGGCAGACAGCGCCCUCUUCCUCGCCGUCACAGGAGCCCCCCGAUGAAUCCAGCACGUAUGCUGCUCUGGCCACCCACUAGCCCAGGGAGGACCGGACCCCACACUCCAGGACAAGAUGCUGGGGCCCUGGAAGGCCCAGGAGCUGCCCCCACAGAUGCAGCCCUCUGACCCCAGGCAGCCUGACGCCUAACACGGACCCCCAGUGGCUGCUGAAGGCCUUUGAGUCACCUGAUUCUGACAUCAGAGAGAACUAAUGUCCCACAUUUUGGAAAUAAAGCCACAGACUUCUCAUUAAACAAUGGAUGUGAUGAGAUUCAAACAGAAACGAGAGAAUGCUUUAGACGGAGUGAUAACACAAGCACACCGGCUUGGGCGAGAACAAGACGGCUGCCAAGAGCUGGCUGGAAAGCCACAAACGGAGCAUGGCGGGAAGCGCAACUGUGCAGACUUAGGAGUAGAUUCCUGAACAAAUAUUCACCAAGAUUUGACACUCCAUGAAAUGGGUGACGCCUCAGGGCCAUGCUGGCCUGUCUGUUUCCAGUUCCAAAAUCACUCAAUACAAUUCAAACGUUAAAAGAAGAAAUAGAAAAAUGGCCUUGUGAACAGAUACAGAACAUUUGAAAAAAAUGCGUGAUUGAUUUAUGACAAAAAACAAGCUCUUCAGGGGCCUCCCCGGUGGCGCAGUGGUUGAGCGCUGGGUUGCGAAGCUGCCCACAGCCUCUGCAGCGCCGGUUCGAUCCCCGGCUGCUCCCCGGCCACCGGCGAG